AUGAGAUCAAGGCGCUCGUUGAUGCAAGAUGGCGGGAGUACGGAAUAUGAGCGCAGCAGCAAUCCCCCUGUCCGCGGCGCGCAAGAUGGGCAGAAGAUGGGCCGAAAGAUGGGACUAUUCCUGGACGCAAUAAAGUUCCACGAAAGCAUCUUCGCGCUGCCAUUUGCUUACACGGGCAUGAUACUCGCCGCUUGGACUGAAUCCGAGGCGGUUCGCUGGUAUCCCACGCUGCACCAGUUCAUCUGGAUCACCGUCGCAAUGGUCGGCGCGCGCACUGUCGGAAUGGCAGCCAAUCGGAUCAUAGACCGUCACAUUGACGCGCAGAACCCGCGCAACGCCUCACGCCACCUGCCAUCCGGCAAGCUCAGCAUGCGCGACAUGACGCUGCUUACACUUGUUGCAUUCGCCGUGUUGAUAUUCGCGGCAUAUCAGCUCAAUACACUUGCACUCGCCCUUGCGCCGGUCGCCGUAGCCUACCUCAUCUUCUACCCGUACACGAAGCGCUUCACAUGGGCAUCGAACCUGCUGCUAGGCUGGGCGCUCGCAAUAGCGCCCUCCGCCGCAUGGAUAGGCGUAGCCGGCAGCCUUCCUUGGCAGUCGGUCUUGCUUUCGCUUGCUGUCGCCCUCUGGGCAGGCAGCUUCGACAUCCUUUACCACACUCAGGACUAUGACUUCCAGAAGCAGACAGGGCUGCACUCCAUUGCCAGCCGCUUCGGUGUCGUUGGCGCGUUCUGGUGGGCGCGCGUCAUGGAUGGCUUGGCGCUUAUAGCCCUGAUUGUGCUCGGAGUGUGGCUCGCCAUCGGUUGGCCCUACUACAUCGGCAUCGCGCUCGCGGCUGGCUUCCUGAUCUACAAGCACCGUCUAGUCUCCCCCGAUGACCUAUCGAGCUUGGGAAUGGCGUUCUUCCGCAUUAACGCCUAUGUGUCCACGACCAUGUUCACGGCAACCCUCAUAGCGGUGCUGAUAUGA